CGAAUCACUGGAUAAGGCAUUCUCAUCUCUCAUCCUCCUAGCUGAGAUUCAAGGAUUAUUCCUUUGCUUCAGGAUACUUGUUCCUUAGGAGACUUUUUGUAGUUUCACUAUGAAGGCUGUACUUUUGUGUGCUUUUGUUUUUAUAGCUGUUGUUGCAGCGAAACCAAGGAACAAACGAGCAGCUUUCGAUCUCCCCGAUGGUGCCGAACUUCUUGUAGGCAAUGUCCGAACUUCCUUCGCCUGUCCACAAGGGGCAGAAGGCUACUAUGCCGACAUAGAGAACAACUGCCAGAUCUUCCACGUUUGCCACACUGUCCAAGAAGAAGAUGGAAACUCCGAAACUCAACAAUUCAGCUUCCUGUGCGGAAACCAAACGGUAUUCAACCAAUUGAGCUUCACCUGCUCCAUGCCUGAAGAUGCAGUCCCUUGCCCUGAAGCUCCCAAUUUCUUCUACCUCAACGACAACCUCCGACUCGGAGACCCCAAAGUGGCUUUCUUAGAUGACCAAGACAUCCAGAGGGCAGCUCCUCUCAUCCAGAGCUACGGAGGAAGAUUAAAUGCUGGAGCAGCCCCUGCACCCCCAAGAAGAGGUUAAACAACCAAAGCCCCCUGAAAAUGAUUUUACUAAGAGUUACGCAUGAUCGGGACGUUUUUUAAAUCUUUCCUUCCUUACCUUCAAACCCUUUUCUCACUCUCCCUCCCCCAUACCUCAGGUAAUAUUGUAAAUAUUGUCUGAAACAGACUAGAUUCAAUGCAUUAGAUUCUCUAAAUGCCUUAACAGGCUUCUUAAUUUCUAGCACUGUCUGACAUUGAUGUAUCUCUGCACCUAAUGACUUAUACUGGAAAGUUAAGUCAUACUAAGUUAUAUGCAGACUAUAAGUUGUUCAACAAAUAUACCUGAAACAAAUCGAUGUCAACUUGUUUCUUUCAUACCUCUAACUUUCUCUAUGACAAUCACAUAAUUUAAUUUCCAGACCUUUUUUGAUUUACUUUAUGUUCCUAUGUCAGCAUCUGACAUUUCAGUGCCAUCGAUGGCUUUGCCAUGAGCCAUGCCAAGGUCUGGACCUGCUAGUUUCUUAACCCCCGAUCGUGCAAGCUUCUUGGUUAGUCCGCUACGGAAAAUGAUAUUCGAUAUUCGGAUUAAAAAGGCGACAAAUUUCUGUGAUGUGCAUCCUUGUAUUUAAAUGAAGCCAGUAUUGUUGUGUCCGUCACGUUAUUUCUCCCGAUUGUUUUCGCUUUUAGUGCCUUCGCGUCAUUCUGUUUUUGCUUGGUGAUGGAUCGGCUUCUUCGAAAGACGAGAAUUAAAUAGAAGUCUAUGCAAAAAAAAAUUCAUCGUCUUCAUUCCCCAUAAGUUACACGUCAGUUGUAAAAUAAUACAUGUAUUAUAUCUGUUGUAAAAAAUUGCUCAUGGACUUGGUGUGUAUGCUUUUGUACAAAUAAAAUGCAUUUUUUAGUA